AUGACUAUCUUGCAGCACAUCCACGCCAUAGUCGAUUAUUUUCUAUCGUUUGUGAAGCUGGAGCAAAACGCGGAGAUUGGAUGGCCAUCACUCAAUCGCAAGACCGGACAAUUCGAGCGCGAGCAGCAGACACUAUGGAAGAAGCUCAAACUGAUAGUUCUAUUCAACCCCUUGAUGGAAUGGAUUGACCGCACACAUCUGAUGCGUUUGUACAUGCACGAGGAGUCCCUCGCAGAAGGGCAAAGAGAGAGAAGGAGCUCGUCCAGGAGGCGCGUCAAGGCCUUUGUUGACGCAUACGGCAUCAACAUGCACGAGUUUGAGCCCACAGACAUCAGUCUCUAUCCUACUUUCGAGGACUUCUUCACCCGUGCCCACAAACCCGGGUCACGUCCGAUCUGCGAUGCCGACGACCCUUCCCGCGCCGUCGUGGUAGCCGACUCGAGAGUCGUCGUCUACGACUCAGUCAGCGAGGCAAAGGCUCUAUGGAUCAAAGGCAAGAACUUCAGCCUCAACAACUUGGUCGUGAACAAUGAAGUGGGCGACAAGUUCAAGCAUGCUGCCAUCGCGAGCUUUAGACUUUCACCACAAGACUACCACCGAUACCACUCGCCCGUUGAGGGCACGAUACAAAGGUACCAGAGCCUACCGGGCGACUACUACCAGGUCGACCCUGUGGCCUUGCAAAGUCACGUGGACAUAUUGACGCGGAAUCGACGGGAUUUUGUCGUCAUAGAUACGAAGGAGUUUGGGGAGGUGCUGUUUGUUGCCAUCGGCGCCACAGAGGUCGGAAGCGUGCAAAUUCACGAGAAAUACCAGAGAGUCGGGGAGCGCGUCGAGAAAGGGGACGAACUGGGCCUCUUUCAGUUUGGAGGCUCAUCCAUCAUUGUUGCCUUCCAGCACGGCCGUAUCCGGUUUGACGACGAUCUGCUGGCGCUGAGUGAGCGGAAAAUCCAGGUCUCUGUGGAGGUUGGCAUGAGCCUGGGAUGUGCUGCGUGA